AUGGCAAAGGCCGCUGGCAGGGUAGUAGACAGCUGCAUGACAUCGCUCUUCAGUGCACUCGUCUGGUGCCCAAUGGUCCGCACACUUCUGCUGGCACUCGGACUGUGUGAGAUCCCUCCAUCCAUCACAGCCCUGUUCUGGAAAUUCUGUGAAAGAUUUCCCAAUGCAUGCGCCAUCGGCGAUGGUUGCAAACAAGCGUUUGGGACCGUUGACGUCUGGCGGUGCAUGUUUAUGCAGCUGCCUCCUCCCAUAAGAGCAGGCUCAGCAGCAGCUGAAAUAGCUUCAUUGAUCUGUAUGUAUUGCUACCGCACCAGCAUGCUAAGCGUACGCCACGAGCUGGGGGGAAGUUAG